ACCUGUUCGCAUACACAGCGGCACUUUUCCACCUGGACUUGCCCCCUUCAGCCCAUAUCCAUUAGUCCCUCUGCCACCAGCAAAUAUGCUCUCGUACAUAGGCUGCAGCGUGCUGCUGGCAUCCCUGGCGUUUCCGGCCACCUUGAUCGGGGAGGUGGUUUUUCGCUGCCCGAGCUGCACCGCGGAGAGGCAGGCUGCAUGCCCGAAGCUCACGGAAACUUGUGCGGAGAUCGUGCGGGAGCCCGGCUGCGGCUGCUGUCCAGUCUGCGCCCGACAGGAGGGCGACUUGUGCGGCGUCUACACCCCAAGAUGCUCCAGCGGGCUACGCUGUUACCCGAAGCCGGACUCGGAGCUGCCCCUGGAGCAGCUGGUGAAAGGUCUCGGACGAUGCGGACGCAAAGUGGAGGCAGAGCCCUUGGGAAGUGUUGAUCACCCCGAGCAGAGUGGGGAAGUGCUGGACCAAUCCGUGAUCAGCCUGACGGAGGGCUCAUCUGAGAGGAGGCCCACCAAAGACGACCCCAAGAAGAACGCGGUCCGGCACCACCGACAGGAGCUGAAGACCAAAAUGAAGUCCAACAGAGCAGAAGAAGUCAAAAUUCCCCCUGUAAAGCUGAGCCAAUGCCAACAAGAGCUGGACCAGGUUUUGGAGCGCAUCUCUAAAAUGCCCUUCAGUGAGAACAGGGGCCCCCUGGAAGAUCUGUAUUCCCUGCAUAUUCCCAAUUGUGACAAGAGGGGGCAGUACAACCUGAAGCAGUGCAAGAUGUCGGUGCACGGACAGAGGGGUGAAUGCUGGUGUGUCAAUCCCCACACCGGACGGCAGAUCCCAGCGUCCCCCAUGGUGAGAGGGGAUCCCAAUUGUAGCCAGUACCUUGGAGGGCCGGAAACAGAGCCCCCUGUCUCCCCACAGAAAUAGCCGGACCCUGAUCCCGUCACCCUAAGGGAGCCUUGAAAAAAAAAAUCAAAAAAAAAGGAGAUGGAAGAGCCAGGAUUUCAAACAGCUAAGCGAGUUACAGAUGUGUGUAUGUGUUUGUGUGCUUGUGUUGUCUUCUUUGGUAUAAAAUGUAUUCGAUCAAUCCUCAGUAAUAUUGCAAGUUAACAGAACCGAGUGUUCAUGUCAUGGCAUAUUAAAGCAAGAAAAAUAAAAAGUAAAACAAAAAUAAACAUGAAGGAUUAAGCAGGCAAAGAACUACCAAUUAGAGAGCAUUAUCGAAAACGUUGGCAUUGACUCUUUUCAAAUGCAGAUGUGAUAAGACUCGACAUACACCAGAGUAUGGCUGGCUUCGCAGUACGCUGUUUGCAGACAGGGGGUAUGAAAGCACACCCUUCAGGCAUCUGUACUUCGUGCAUUUGGCUGUGUUGUCAUUUCAGCAACCCAGCUUUCCGUUUUUGUUGGUGUUGCUGUCCAGGCCAAGUCGCUCCUCUGCUUAUUCAACUUUUAAUCUCUCGGCUUCUCAAUAAAUGUGUGCUCUGUGCCAGACAGUCCCGUUUAGCCUGGUUUUCUAUAGAUUUUUCUGGAAUUCUGAAGACUUUUCUACCUUCUCUGUGUUGGGACACUUCACUUGCCCACCCCCACUCGCGCACACACACACACACACACACACAUUCCCAUACACACCUCCUUCAGCGUAGCUAUGCUGCCCCCCAUGGCCUUGACGUGCACCCCCCCCCCCCCCACUAGGAUUGGUCCCAUCCUCAGAGAGCGCCCUGCUGUGUGCCAGCUCUGUUGCCAGGGAUUGUGGGGCGGCACGGAAAGCAUGUCGCUUGGAAAGACCUCGUUCCCCCUUCGCCCGGUCGCUCCCCGCACCCAGCCAUGUGACACCAUCCUGGGGAGGGAUGGAGAGGGUGGCUUUACUAACAAAGUGCUGACAGAAGGCGAGAUUAGGACCGGAGCCCAACAUUGACAGAUGCGAUAUUACAUGGGUUUGACUUGAUGUAAAUAUAGCCUUUGCAAAUCCACAACCGGUAUCGGCAGGCCCAGGACGUGGCAUUGCCCAGGACUCCCUGGGGUGACUCUAACAUACUUUUGGACCUUUCUGAAAUGACAAAUUUAAGAAAGAGUCUUUAAUACCCCAGAAAGUUCACAGGGCCCCAUCCAAGCAGUCUUCACAAUGCCUGCAUUCCAAAACAAUCAAGCUCCCUAUUUACAUGCUCAUACAUCCGGAGUCUUAUAAUCAUUGCAGUAAUUUUUAAAUGAAAAUGAUAUGGUCCUGACUCUUCCGCAGCUGAAAUUUUCAAAAGCUCUUAAAAGUACUAAUAAUAAGGCCUAAGCAAUUAUAAUUCUGAAACAAAAGUCACGGACCUUAUACUGGCCAGCUGUAGCUUCUCUGUGAAUGGUCCGCUGUUGACUUUUCACGUAGGCUACUCAUCGAAUGAACGAUAAACCCGGCACACAAUAUGUCCGCAUUGUCCCAGUAUGUGUCUGCGGGGCAGCGCAUUUUUCCUGAUUAGAUUUCCAACUUAAUGGGGUCUCUCAGUGUGACACCCGAAGUUGCAGUUAUUCACACAAGCGCGGCUCUUGUGGGGACUGAGACCUGCCGGGAAGUCAGGUCCAUUUCGACCGCAACUGUUUGGGCGGGUGCCGGCAUGUUUCCCUUUCCCUCCCCGGUUGUACAGUGAAUUUUCCGGUAGUUUGAGCUUGGCCUAGUUUGGAGACAAAGCGAGUUCUGCGCUUGUGGCCGGCAGGGUGGGGCAAGGCGAGAGUAUUCACCAUCUGCUGGUGUGUAAAACCAGCGUCAGGCAUCAGACCCGACUUUGUGUUGGGACAGUGUCACACCAGUGACAUGGGGAAUUUCGACAGUGAAGCGAGAACGCCAGGUGCCCUACUUGUUGCUUGCUUGCCUUGCUUUCUCUGCAGUGUUUGGAAAAGACGACAUGGGACGAUGCACAAUACCUUGGUUUAUAUAGGGCCACCUCAGCGAAGUCACAUUCGUGUUACAUCUGCAUUUAAAUGGAAAAGCAUAGCUAUUAAAGAAAGUUACAUAUGUAUGAGAAGACAUAUUCAUUUGGUGUAAGUCUUGUCCUGAUAUGCAGUAUAUCAUUAAACAGAUAUUACCUGUG